AUGGCCACAAAAACACACUACACCACCCCCAAUCGAACUCAUGGCGGCUCUACCCAGGAUGAGAUCCAAAAGGAGCCAGACUGGGCAAACGCCAACCACAAUCGAAUUGGGCUCCGAGAUCAACACGACCGACAAUUUGGGUACACCCACGCGGGAGAUGAUAGCUGGGAUGAAGAAGAGCACCGCGAGUUCCUGGCCUGGGCGAAGAAAGAGUCGGAGCAACUCGGACGAGAGAUUCAUGAUCAUGAGUUGGUUACUGUGCGCGAAUUCCUGGCAAAGCAGGAGGACUAUCAUUUGAGAUUUCCAGAGAAUCAUCCGCGGGGAUGGCGCUACGUUCUGCAAACCACAGAAGACUUUAUCAAGUACAAACAAGACUGGCCCGUCAACGUGAAGAAGCGACAGCAAGAAGAGGAAGAGAAGAAGAAAAAAGAAGCAGAGGAACCGGACAAAGCAAAAGAGAACGGCAAUCCCAAGGAAACCGGUCAAAGCCAGGAUCCGAAAAAGGAACACGAAUGGCGCAGAGAUCGUGGCGAGAACGAAACGCACCAUGACGCUCAUGCCGUAAACUCCGACGAUACGCCGGGCAACAAGUCACACGAAAGUCUCGAGGACAAAUACUCUCCACAGGAGAUAGCCCUUCUCCGUCUUUUGCAAUCAGAAAGCGAAUUGAUGCAGACUAUCAAGCAAAACGAUGGAAGCGUCAAGUCUCCCGUCAAACUAGCCGACGCCCAGGACCUUUCCAUCGAUGAGGCCGAUCAAUUCACCCCGGACAAUUGGAUUCCACGAUCUCCUCAUUUGAUUCGGCUGACCGGCAAGCAUCCGUUGAAUGGUGAGCCCGAAUUGACUGCAUUGUUCAAAGCCGGCUUGAUCACUCCUAAUCAACUGCAUUACGUGCGCAACCACGGACCGGUGCCGCAUCUUUCAUGGGAAACGCACCAGAUCGAUGUUGCCGAUGGUAAACUGAUCCUGUCAAUGGAUGAUUUGCAAAAUAACUUCCAAGCAAUCAACAUCGCGGUCGCUCUUGCAUGCGACGGAAAUCGCCGAAAAGAGCUCAAUAUGAUCAGAAGAUCGAAGGGGUUCAGCUGGGGAGCUGGCGCGAUUAGUUGUGCCUUCUGGAAGGGAGCGCUUCUACGUGAUUUGCUGCUCGCAGCGGGCAUCGACGAUGAGAGCACUCGAAAAGAUGCAACCCGUCGAUGGGUUCAUUUUGAAGGGGCCGAUGAGUUGAGUGAGGGCAAAUACGCAACGUCAAUUCCCCUCGCAUAUGCCAUGGACCCCGAGAAUGACGUGAUGCUCGCCUACGAGAUGAAUGAUGCUCGACUUCCCCCGGACCACGGCUACCCCGUGCGCUUGAUGAUUCCUGGAUUUGUCGGUGGGCGCUGUGUCAAAUGGCUUCGUCGAAUCUGGGUCUCGGAGAAGGAAAACGACAGCUACUACCACAUUUGGGAUAACCGCGUCGUGCCCAGCUUCAUUCGAGAGAAGGACUCGGAAUUUGCAAAGACCAUGUUCCACCAUCCAAGUACGGCCUGCAAUGAGCAGAAUCUUAAUUCGAUCAUUGUCAAGCCCGAGCAAGGAGAGCGGAUCUCUCUUGCGGAUGUCAAAUCAAAGCAGGCAUAUCGCAUCUCCGGUAUCGCCUAUGAUGGCGGCGGUCAUGAGGUUCAACGAGUGGAAGUGAGCUUGGACAACGGAAAGACGUGGCUGUACUGCGUACGUGAGUUCCCCGACUAUCCUGUUCGUCAUGGUAGGAAGUUCUGGACAUGGCUUCAUUGGCACGUCGAUGUUGGCCUCUCCCAUCUUGUUCGAGCAGAAAGCAUCACAGUUCGCUGCUUCAACGUUUUUAAGAACACCCAGCCUCGGGAGCCGUCAUGGAACAUAAUGGGGAUGAUGAACAAUUGCUGGUACACGAUUCGUCCAGAGAUCGUCCGAGACGAAGACCAAGACGCAAUCACUCUCCAAUUCCGUCACCCUUGUGAGCCAGGCACAGGCAAGGGAGGGUGGAUGCAGCCCUCAACAGAGAAUCAAAUGGACCAAAUCGAACACGAGGUAGCAUCGCCGCAGAAGCAAUUCACUCGGGAAGAGAUUGAAAAGCACAACAAAGAAGAUGAUUGCUGGAUCAUCGUCAACGGCAAGGUAUACGACGCGACGAGCGUGCUGGACUGGCACCCUGGUGGCAAGGCAACGAUCCUCAGCCACGCAGGUAAAGUUCACGCUGAGACGACCGAGGCGUUUGAGAGUAUUCAUGACGAUUAUGCGGAGCAGAAAUUGAGCGAAUGCGUGAUUGGCGUCGUGACCGAAAAAGCCCAAGGUUUCAUCAGGAAGCAAGCCGAGGAAGCCGCUAAAGAGAAAGCCAACUCGGCUGAGACAAAAUCGGAUAUCAUUUUGAAUCAUCACCGCUGGAAUGUUGUGAGAUUUGUUGAGAAGCACGCCCUCUCGCAAGACACCAAUCGAUACUCAUUCAAACUCCCUGCCGGUACGAAGAAACUCGGUCUGGGAACGUGUCAACAUCUCCAGUUGGGAUUCCACUUCAGCGACCGACUGGUUGUACGACCGUACACGCCGACAAGACCCAUCUUUGAAAAGGAGGAAGAUGGCACCUUUGAUCUCGUUGUCAAAACGUAUCCACCUGACAAGUCUCAACCUGGCGGGACAAUGAGCAAUAUUCUUGAUUGUUUGGAGCCAGGCGAGGAGAUUGAAGUCAAGGGACCGACGGGCGAGAUCAUAUACCUGGGCCAGGGCAAGUUCAAGAUCAAUCAACAAGAGUGCCACUUCAACAAAGUGACUUUGGUGCUGGGUGGUUCAGGUAUCACGCCAGGAUAUCAGCUCAUUUCUCGGGUCUUGCGCGCCAAGAAGCUAGGCGAGGAGGAAGAUCAAACUGUGUUGAGGGUCAUCGAUGCCAACAAAACUGAAGGUGAUAUUCUUUUGAGAGAGGAGCUGGAUCAACUGGCCAAAGAGCAUCCAAAUCAAUUCCAGAUCACGCAUGUUCUUUCACAUCCGUCCGAGGAUUGGAAAGGGGAGAAGGGUCAUGUGAACAAGGAGAUUCUGGAAAAUAACGGCUUUCGUCCCGGCAAGGACACCGUGGCGUUGCUCUGUGGUCCCCCGACGAUGAUCCAGAAAGCUGUGCUUCCGGCAUUGCAAGAGAUGGGUUACAAGGAAGAUGAGAAUGUGUUUGGAUUCUAA